AUGAGUGAAGAAAAUAUAAUACCAAGAGUGCAUUUAUCAGAGAUUGAAUUAUCAAACUCAUUUAUAAAAGAUACUCUUGAAGAGAAAAAUCCUGAAUGGUUAGAAUCAAAUGAAUAUGGCGAUCCAAUAAUGAAAUCAGUUGAAGGUCUAAUUGAAAGCGAAGAAAUAACCAUUGCAAGAAAUGGGAUAAUUGCAGCAGUAACAAAUGAUUUCAUUACGAUUUCAGUUAGUCCUAAAAAUACAUUUCAAUUAAAAAAUUCAGUGAAUGUUGCAAUAAGAAUUCUAGGAUCAAUAGGAGAUCAUGAUGCAAUUGAUUGCAUACUUUCAAAGGUAUCAAAAGAUUUGAUAUCUCAUAAUAAAGUCAUUGUUUCACCUGCUCAUAUUGUACAUGCUUUCUGUACAAUUAAAGGUAAAGUAUCAAUUGUAAGUGGCUUUGUAGAAAAAGCAAACUCAUACAUUGCAAUUAACAAAGAAUCAAAUUUAUUUUAUGCAUUAAUUCAUUCUUUUGUUUUCGGAAAUGAAUACAUAAUAUCAGAUGGAGAUGUACACAAAUAUCAAACAUAUGAAGAAACAACAAUGAUCAACUCAUUACUCAUUAGAUACUCAAUUUUCUAUGAUAGUGAUGUUAAAGAUAACAGACCAAUGCGAAUAGCAUCAUCGAUGUAUCAGGAAAUUCCAAUCAUUAAUGAUUUAAUAAAUAUGGGAGUUAUUUCAAGCUUAGGAAUCCCAAUUGCCGAUAUUGUAUCUACUUUCAACAGUCUUGAAGUUGCAACAAAGAAUGACAAGGCGAUUGCAUUAUAUUUUGAUAAUAUGGAUAAUAUAGUUGCAUAUAGAAAUCUCGAUAACAUUUCAAGAAUAAUAUCCAAUAUAGAUGGAACAAACGCAGUCAAAUUUUCUAAAAUAGGCUUAUUUAUCUUGCAUGGAGCCCAGAAAAAGAUUGAUCAGGCAGAAAAUGCAAUUAUGAAAAGUUUAUCAUCAGGUGUUCAAAAAGAAAUUACAACAUACUCCGUUGAUCUGCUUUCAAAAGUUUGUGAAUAUCUAACGGAAACAUUUAAAGCAAGAUUAUCAUCAAUUCCAAUAAAUUUUAAUGAUCCGAUUGAAACCAUGAAAUUUAUCACCAAUAUACUCUAUAAAAAACCUCCGAAUGAUACACAAUUAUCAUUUGCGAAUUCAGCAAUAUUUGGUUCUAAAUUUGAUACUGAUAAUCAAUCAAGAAUAUAUUUCCUUACAACACCACCUGGUUCUGGAAAAACAGCAUGUGAAAUUCUUCCUGCAGUUCAUGAAAGAUUCAGAAAUUUGGAUUCUAAAAUUGGUGAAGAAAGAGGGAUUACAAUUAUUUCUACUUCAUUAGUUCAGGUUUCGGCUCAAAUCGCAACAAAUGCUAGUAAGAUCAUGUAUGGCAAGGAAAAAUGGAUACGUAUAAAACGCCUUGACGGUGGUAUUAAAGAAGAGUCCAAAAAUGAUUAUCAUCAAAAUCUCCUAUUUAGGAAAAAUGCAUUCAAAGAAAGUAUCGUUGACAGUAAAUGGCUAUACGAUAAUAUAAUAGGAAAUCAUGAUAUCCAACAAAUUAUAAAAGAGAUUAUGGAAAAAUUCCAUAUAGGAGAUAAUUCUCAGAUUGAAAAUGAAAUUAAAUCAUUUUUUGAAGACGAGAAACUCUUCAAGAAAAAUGUAAUCAGCAAUAUAUUUGAUGGAUUUAACUCACAAGGAAAGAAUAUUGCAGAUUGUAUUGUUGGCACAUAUGAAAUGGUUGUUUCUGCGUUAUCAUAUUCUUUAAUGAUAGGGAAUUCACAUGAGUUAAUUAAGAAAAUCAAAUAUAUUGUGAUCGAUGAAUGGGAUACCAUUUUUAGAGUUACAACGAUGAAUGAUGAAAAGAAAACUCUAAUACAAACAAUGAAUCAGAGAUUUUCAACAUCUUAUGCAUUAAUUGCGCUUGCAAUUUUAAUCAUGAGAGUGAAUCCAUCCACAAAAUUAAUACUUGCAUCUGGAACUGGAUCAGACAUGCUUUCACAAUGUGAAAAAAAUUAUGAGGCAGAUGUCCAAUCAAAUAUGCUUGAACCUUUACUGCGUCCUAUUUUUUCCUUUGGAGAAUAUGAAUCGAUUUUAAAAAAGAUCGAAGAAUUGUCAAACAAUUCCAACAACGAAAACGCAAAAUUGACAAAAAACAUUUUGAUCAAUAAAAUCAAAAAAAUUGAAAAUAUUAUGGCUGAGAAGAUUUCGAGGGUAAUUAAAAUUUCUCCAGAUAAUAUUUGGGGAACACGAAAAUUAUCAUCGAUUCCAUGUUCCACUCUUAGGUCAGUCACCCAAAUUCAUUCUACAUCAAACUUUUUAUUUUGUGAAAGGUGUAUUAAUGAUGGUAUUAUUAGAGCAUCAUAUGCAAUGAAAUCAUCAAAUACAAAUGAUCAUGUUCUGAAUACAAUUAUGCAUUUGUGUUCAAUGCUUUUGAUUGAUAUGAAUAUUGCCAAAACAAUUAAGAAUCUCAAGCAAAAUCCAUCAAUGAAUUCAUGGACAUUCCUUAUUUCAACCAUUAUAUGUAUUCUCACUAGACGAGCUCCUGCUAUCAGCAACAAAAUUACAUUAAUCUUUGUUCAGAAAAAAGAACUUCAUAUUGGAAUGUUAAUUUUAAUUGGGAUUAUAAUUCUCAUUCUUGGAAAAUACAAUAAAUUUGAUUAUGAUGCGUACUCAAUUAGAGCACCUCCAAAUGAUGAUUUUUUGGAUACAAUUGCAGCAAUUUCUUCAAAACCAAUAAAAACUAUUUCAAAAUACGCAUCAAUUGCUUCCCAAAACAAAAUUUAUUCAAUCAAUCAUAUUAUUGAUAAAUGCAGUAUUACAAAAGAAGAUUAUGUAAAGAUUAAGUUAAUAACGAGUAUUGAUGAAGUUGAUUUUGUUGCUUAUGCGAUUACCAUUGAUCUAUUAAAAGCUUUCUUCGAAAUCGAUCAUAUUUGGAAUGUUUGCGAAUUGUCUAUCAAAAAUGGAAUCAUUUCUGUUACACGUGAAACGACAAGCCAGAGCAAUAUGAAUAAUUAUAUUGCUAACAGAGAUGUAAAACGUUUUCCACUGAUUGCUAUUUGCACUUCAAAACUUGGUGAAGGUGUCGAUUUAUCUAAUGUAGGACCUGCUUUUGUGUUGGCACAAAACCAGUCUUACAAUGCACCAUCAAGCAGAGAUUGUGAACAAUGGAUUGGAAGAGGAUUCAGAAAUUCUUAUCUUUCUCUUGGUUGUCCAAUUAAUCAACCUUACUAUGAUGACCAUAGGAAUUUUUGUGCAGACAAUCAAAAUAAAUUUAUAAUUUCCCACACUGCAGUUUAUAAUGGCUUCCUUUCAACUCAAAUUGCAAGGAGAAUAGUAUCAAUUGAUGCCUUUUCUCAAAUUAUUAAAAAGGAUAAUAAUCAAUUCAAUUUAGUUGAUUUUCUUCCAAAAGCAUUUUCUAAUAUGACAAUUUCCUAUUAUUCUCCAAUUAUAUUAGAAAAUCUUCAAAAUAUUGAUGGAUCUCCUUUGCUGGAAUCGAUAAAAUCUGCAAUUGAAAUGCUUACAAUUCCAGCAAAGAUGGUAAUUAGGAAAACAAACAUGUUUAGCUUGAACUUGAGAGAUAUUACUCAGAAUGUACCAGAUUUAAUUGCGACGGAUACAUUAAACAUUUCAUGUAAUGUCUGGCCAAUUAUUAUAUCAUCAAUGUUUAUGGCACUUGUAUGA